AUGAAUAUGGUCUCUCUCUUUCUUUUUGUUGUUUGUGUCUCUACAACACUUUCUUCUUCUCUUCCAUUAGGGUAUGAUAGAAUCUAUAGCUUUGGUGACUCAAUUGCUGACACCGGAAACUUCCUCCACUCCGGUGCAUUAACAAAUCCGGUCAUCGGAAAACUUCCAUACGGGGAGACAUUCUUUCACCAUGCAACCGGUCGUUGUUCAAAUGGACGACUUAUCGUUGAUUUUAUCGCUGAGGAAUUUAGCAUACCGUAUCUACCACCGUAUCUACAGAUUGCCGAAAGUUUGAAGCUGAAAGCCGAACAUGGAGUUAAUUUUGCAAUUGCCGGAGCUACGGCACUUGAUGCAAAGUUCUUCUAUGACCAAGGGUUUGGACAGAUUCUUUGGACCAAUGAUUCAUUAACCACUCAAUUGGGGUGGUUCAAGAAGGUUAAAUCAACCAUGUGCACCACCAAGCAAGAUUGUGAUAGCUACUUCAAAAGAUCGCUCUUUCUGAUGGGGGAGAUUGGUGGUAACGACUACAACUAUGCUUUUUUCGUGGGCGGAACCAUUAAGAAAGUAAAAAGAAUGGUACCUUUCGUUGUGGGAACGAUAAUUGCUGCCACCAGCAUGUUGAUUGAAGAAGGUGCAAGGGAGGUGGUUGUGCCAGGGAAUUUCCCAGUCGGGUGCUCUGCAGCUUACUUGACGCUUUUUGGAACUCGAGACAAAGCCACUUACGAUAGAAACGGAUGUCUGAAGUAUCACAACGCUUUCUCGAAAUACCACAAUGAUCAACUUAAGCUAGCUUUGGAUAAACUAAGGCAAAAAUACCCACAAUCUCGAAUCAUUUAUGCCGAUUACUAUGGUGUUGCGAAGGCCUUGUUCCACAUCCCGCACCAUCUUGGACUCAUGAAUGGAGGUUUAAGUGCUUGUUGUGGAGGGGGUGGACCAUACAACUUCAAUUACACAGCAAGGUGUGGUCACAUUGGGUCCAAACCAUGCAAAGACCCUUCUACUUAUGCAAAUUGGGAUGGGGUGCACCUCACUGAAACAGCUUAUAGCCACAUAGCCACUGGAUUGCUCAAGGGAAAUUUCACUUCUCCACCCAUCUAAAAUAACAAAAUCGAACAAAAUAGUUAAUCUCUUCGAUCAGGUUUAUUUUUUAAUCGAACUUCCGUUUUAGUCAGAGUUUGCAUAAAUAUGCCACGUAUCUGCGUAAAACUCAAUUUCUAGAUUGAAAAAACAAAAGAAAAACCUUUACGUAAAUUUGCGUAUAGAUCCACAUUUCCAUAAAGAAUUCGCGCAAGGAUUCCCAUUUACGUAAUCUUUUUUCUUUUUUCUAUUAAUCUGAAAAUAAGCUUUUGUGCAAAUGUGCAAGGCAUUUAUGUAAAUUUCGGCUAAAAUGAGAUUUCUGUUCCGAAAGUGGCUAAAAAGUGAAUUUGGUCGGAGAGAUUGUCUAUUUUGGUCGAUUUCCCGUAAAAUAAAUAUUUAUUGUCCCUAAAUUCCUUGUGUUCUUAGUGUCUAUCAAUCAUGUAAAACCACAUCAUCACUAUUUCUUAGAGAAUAAAAAGUUAGUUUAUAUUAAAUAAAAUAAUGAUGUGUCUUCACGUGAUUGAUAUGAUAUAAAAAAAAGGGUAUGAGAUUUGGGUCGUACAAGAGAUUUUUAUUCAGCCAUCUAAGACGACCGCCUUUAAUUCAAAUAACAUGUUGUGUGUUGUAGUAAGUUAAUAGCUAGACUUGUGGAUUGUAAAUUGAUUAUAGCUGCACGGAGUUAUUUGCUCAAUCAAGAAUGUAAUGGUUAUCUGAUCAGAUGGAAAAUCUGUAACGCAUUUAAAUAGAAAUAAGUGAAACUGUAACAAGAUUGAUGUUGUAGUGUGUA